AUGGCGGUUUUGCUUCAUCCCAGGACUGUUAUAGGGACCCUGGAGGAUGUUUACGUGGUCAGUUUGCCUGCUGGUGUGACAGAAAUACCCUCGAAUGUAGCAACAAUGGCCUCUCACACCGCAACCCCUACUGUGCAGGAUCAGAUGGCAAGAAUUGAUUUGUCUAAACUGUCAGCAGAGGAACAGGGACAGGUGAGGUCUCUCCUUAAGAAAUACAGCUCGGUCUUUUCUGCUCAUGACACUGAUUUGGGUUGCACUAACUUGAUCUCCCAUGACAUUCCGCUCUUAGAUGAUAUCCCCGUGCGGCAGCGUUAUAGGCGCAUCCCCCCUUCAGACUAUGAGGUUGUGAAAGAGCAUAUUAAUCAGUUACUAGGGGCCAAGGUGAUUAGAGAGAGUAGCAGCCCCUAUGCUUCUCCCAUCGUGCUCGUUAAGAAAAAGGAUGGCAGCCCACGCAUGUGUGUUGAUUAUCGGCAAUUGAACAACAAGACAAGGAAAGAUGCAUUCCCCCUGCCGCGCAUUGAAGAGUCCCUAGAUGCGCUGACUGGUGCCCGUUGGUUUUCCACCAUGGAUUUAGCAAGUGGCUACAAUCAGGUCCCAGUUACGGAAGAGGAUAGGCCCAAGACUGCCUUCUGUACUCCUUUCGGCCUAUUUGAGUGGAACCGAAUGCCAUUUGGGCUCUGUAAUGCCCCUAGCACCUUCCAGAGACUAAUGCAACGCCUUUUCGGUGAUCAACAGUGCCAGUCUCUGCUUCUCUAUCUUGAUGACAUUGUAAUCUUCUCAUCAACAGUACAGCAACAUCUUGAGCGGCUGGAUGUGGUGCUAGGUCGGCUUCAGCAGGAGGGUUUGAAAGCAAAGCUUGCCAAAUGUGCCUUUUUCCAGCGGGAGGUUCGCUACUUGGGCCACGUCAUCUCCGAUCAGGGCGUCUCCACGGACCCUAGUAAGGUGGAAGUUGUGGCUAACUGGCAGUCUCCUAAAACUGCUUCGGAACUACGCUCCUUUCUUGGGUUUGCCAGCUAUUAUCGCCGUUUUGUAGAGGGUUUUGCCAAGUUGGCGGCACCCCUGCAUAGACUGGUGGCAGAGUGGGGAGGCAGAAAAUCAAAGAAGAGGUCAGAGCAUGGUGUAGCGGAGAACUGGACUGCAGCGUGUGCUCAAAGUUUUGAGGCAUUAAAGACUAAACUGACAACAGCACCAGUGCUUGCUUAUGCAGAUUUCUCUUUGCCUUUUAUUUUAGAAGUGGAUGCCAGCCACGGCGGCCUAGGGGCAGUGCUCUCCCAGGAGCAGGGAGGUAAGGUGAGGCCAAUAGCCUAUGCCAGUCGGGGUUUGAGGCCUACUGAGCGCAAUAUGCUAAAUUAUAGCUCAAUGAAGCUGGAGUUUUUGGCACUUAAGUGGGCCAUGACUGAGAAGUUUAGAGAGUACUUGUUGGGCCACAAGUGUAUUGUUUACACCGACAACAAUCCUCUUAAUCACUUGUCUUCUGCUAAACUUGGGGCUACUGAACAGCGCUGGGCAGCUCAGCUCGCUUCGUUUGACUUCGACUUAAAGUACAGGUCAGGAAGGAGUAAUACGAAUGCAGACGUUUUAUCUCGCCAGCAUCCACCCGAUCUUCAGGAAAUUAAAGCCAUGGUUCCUGGUACAGCCUUGCCUGAACCUCUUCAACAAGCCUUGCGGCUGGGACCAGCUGAGGUAUCCCAAGCUGCCAUUACAGUUUUGCCCCAUCUCACUACUCCUGAUCUUCAUACCCUCCAACAGGUCGACCCAGUGAUAAAGGAGAUCCUGGUGUUCUGGAGACGGAAGCAGCGACCCAGCUUUGAGGAGCGACAGCAGCUUUCCCCACCUGCUCUGGUGCUGCUACGACAAUGGGAUCGUCUGAUUGAAAGGGAUGGAGUUCUGUAUCGUCAGGUUCAUCGCCCUGAUGGUGCCGAGGUGGUACUUCAGCUUUUGCUGCCUAGUGCACUAAUUGAGCAGGUGCUGACUCAUCAAGUGACAGUGACCUAUGAUAUCCCCGUGCGGCAGCGUUAUAGGCGCAUCCCCCCUUCAGACUAUGAGGUUGUGAAAGAGCAUAUUAAUCAGUUACUAGGGGCCAAGGUGAUUAGAGAGAGUAGCAGCCCCUAUGCUUCUCCCAUCGUGCUCGUUAAGAAAAAGGAUGGCAGCCCACGCAUGUGUGUUGAUUAUCGGCAAUUGAACAACAAGACAAGGAAAGAUGCAUUCCCCCUGCCGCGCAUUGAAGAGUCCCUAGAUGCGCUGACUGGUGCCCGUUGGUUUUCCACCAUGGAUUUAGCAAGUGGCUACAAUCAGGUCCCAGUUACGGAAGAGGAUAGGCCCAAGACUGCCUUCUGUACUCCUUUCGGCCUAUUUGAGUGGAACCGAAUGCCAUUUGGGCUCUGUAAUGCCCCUAGCACCUUCCAGAGACUAAUGCAACGCCUUUUCGGUGAUCAACAGUGCCAGUCUCUGCUUCUCUAUCUUGAUGACAUUGUAAUCUUCUCAUCAACAGUACAGCAACAUCUUGAGCGGCUGGAUGUGGUGCUAGGUCGGCUUCAGCAGGAGGGUUUGAAAGCAAAGCUUGCCAAAUGUGCCUUUUUCCAGCGGGAGGUUCGCUACUUGGGCCACGUCAUCUCCGAUCAGGGCGUCUCCACGGACCCUAGUAAGGUGGAAGUUGUGGCUAACUGGCAGUCUCCUAAAACUGCUUCGGAACUACGCUCCUUUCUUGGGUUUGCCAGCUAUUAUCGCCGUUUUGUAGAGGGUUUUGCCAAGUUGGCGGCACCCCUGCAUAGACUGGUGGCAGAGUGGGGAGGCAGAAAAUCAAAGAAGAGGUCAGAGCAUGGUGUAGCGGAGAACUGGACUGCAGCGUGUGCUCAAAGUUUUGAGGCAUUAAAGACUAAACUGACAACAGCACCAGUGCUUGCUUAUGCAGAUUUCUCUUUGCCUUUUAUUUUAGAAGUGGAUGCCAGCCACGGCGGCCUAGGGGCAGUGCUCUCCCAGGAGCAGGGAGGUAAGGUGAGGCCAAUAGCCUAUGCCAGUCGGGGUUUGAGGCCUACUGAGCGCAAUAUGCUAAAUUAUAGCUCAAUGAAGCUGGAGUUUUUGGCACUUAAGUGGGCCAUGACUGAGAAGUUUAGAGAGUACUUGUUGGGCCACAAGUGUAUUGUUUACACCGACAACAAUCCUCUUAAUCACUUGUCUUCUGCUAAACUUGGGGCUACUGAACAGCGCUGGGCAGCUCAGCUCGCUUCGUUUGACUUCGACUUAAAGUACAGGUCAGGAAGGAGUAAUACGAAUGCAGACGUUUUAUCUCGCCAGCAUCCACCCGAUCUUCAGGAAAUUAAAGCCAUGGUUCCUGGUACAGCCUUGCCUGAACCUCUUCAACAAGCCUUGCGGCUGGGACCAGCUGAGGUAUCCCAAGCUGCCAUUACAGUUUUGCCCCAUCUCACUACUCCUGAUCUUCAUACCCUCCAACAGGUCGACCCAGUGAUAAAGGAGAUCCUGGUGUUCUGGAGACGGAAGCAGCGACCCAGCUUUGAGGAGCGACAGCAGCUUUCCCCACCUGCUCUGGUGCUGCUACGACAAUGGGAUCGUCUGAUUGAAAGGGAUGGAGUUCUGUAUCGUCAGGUUCAUCGCCCUGAUGGUGCCGAGGUGGUACUUCAGCUUUUGCUGCCUAGUGCACUAAUUGAGCAGGUGCUGACUCAUCAAGUGACAGUGACCUGUUAUUCCUGA